AUGAAUUCAGGCGCUACUUCUUCCAUCCCGGAGGGAAUUUCCUCCCUCCUCGAUACAGACUUGUAUAAGAUUACAAUGCAAUGCGCUGUCCUAAAGUAUUUCCCACAAGUUGAUGUGACCUAUGGCUUUACAAAUCGGACUCCAGAUAUGAAGCUAUCGCGAGCUGCAUACAAAUGGUUAUCAGAACAAAUCCACCGCCUAGGAAAUGUCACAGUGAAACCCGACGAGAUCGACUUCCUGAAAAAGUUCUGUCCGUACCUUAGCGACGCAUACCUCCAAUACCUCCGGGAUUUCCACCUAAAGCCUGCCGAACAAGUGCAAAUAAAAUUUACGCCGACAAAAGAUACAGGCAGUGACAAUGACUUGGGCGUCCUUGAAUAUCUCAUCAAGGGUCUGUGGGUGGAAACUAUACUGUACGAAAUCCCGCUCCUUGCGCUUACCAGCGAGGCGUAUUUUAAAUUCUGCGACCGGGAUUGGGAUCAUGACGGCCAAGAGGAGAACACCUAUAAGAAGGGACUCGCUUUAUUGGAGAAUGGUUGUGUGUUCUCCGAAUUUGGGUCUCGACGAAGAAGAGAUUACCAUACACAUGACCUAGUGAUGCGGGGGUUAUGCCGAGCUGCGUCUGAUGCGAAGGAAGCAAAGGGCAAGUUUUCUGGCACCAGCAACGUGCAUUUUGCUAUGAAAUAUGGUGUAAACCCUGUGGGCACAGUCGCUCACGAAUGGUACAUGGGUAUUGCCGCCUUCACAAAUGACUAUGAGAAUGCAAACGAACUAGGCCUUCGCUACUGGCUUGGUUGUUUCGGGGAAGGGGUUCUGGGCAUCGCUCUCACAGACACAUUUGGAACGCCUGCGUUCCUUGAUGCCUUCAGUCAGCCCCUACCAGACUUCACCACUCCUGAAGUCGGCAUCAAUGCAACACUUCCAUCAAGCCGUGCAACUACGGUCGGCUCAACUCCACAAAGCUUAGCAAGCACAAAGCCACCGAUCCAAGCGCCGACACAGGAUGGUGUAAGCAAAAACCCUAAAACAUAUGCGCAGGUCUUCCAAGGCAUUCGGCAGGACUCUGGUGAUCCACAGAACUUUGUGAAGCUGGCCCGCGAGUUCUAUGACAAUCAAGGUAUCACGGACAAAAAAGUCAUCGUCUUUUCCGAUGCCUUGAAGGUUGAUACGUGCCUCCGAUACAAGGCCAUCGCCGAGGAAGCAGGAUUUCAACCAACCUUUGGAGUUGGUACCUAUUUCACGAACGAUUUCAAUAAGAAAUCCGACGGCAAAAAAUCCGUGCCACUGAACAUCGUUAUCAAAAUCGCAUCUGCUGGAGGCCGUCCAGCAGUCAAGCUCAGCGACAAUCUCGGCAAGAACACGGGUGACAAGGCUCUUGUUCAGGAAGUAAAGCGGAGGCUUGGAUAUGUAGAAAACGUUUGGGAGGAAGGCAACGAGGCCUCCCGAUGGGGCAAGAAAGGCGACUAA